ACAGAUAUAAUGUUAUAAUAUAUAAUUAAGUUGUCUAUAUUUUUUGAUACAACAUUCUUAUAUUCUGCGAAAAGUAUAGAGAACUUGUUUGAUCUGAACACCGAUGUAAAAGUGGUGGGAUAUACAUUAUACAUAAAUAAUAUUAUCCGUAUAUAAUGACGUAUACGUUAAUUAAAAUAUUUUUAAUUUAAAAUGUUUUUACUGCACAAUCUGUUACAUAAUGAUGAUGAUAAGAGAGAGAGAAAAAAUAUAUGAUCCACAGAAUGAAGAAUCCUCCCAUUGAAAAAGGAACUUCGAGAUACGCAUCUAAUGAAUCACUUUUCGUUAAAUAAAAGGGUUGAACAAGAAACGCCGGUGAAUGGCGAUAUUAACAACAAAUCAUUUAUCUAAAGGUACAAUUAACACUCCGUAUAUACCAUUAAACGAUCAUGAUUCCCACUCCGCACAUAGAUUAUGAAUGAAUAUUUUGUUUGAAAAUGGGAAAUAACAUACUUUUUAAUAUUUUAUUACUUUGCAUUACAUUAAUCGUCUUAUGCAUUUUCAACACAUCAUCACAACAAGUGGUAAAAAUUCUUGGCUUGAACGAAGGUCAGAUAUGUCGGAAAGCCCUAAGACCUGAUCAAGAAUAUGUGUGUACUGAUACAAGAUACUGCAAAGCUUUUAAACAAAGUCUUAAAACUCGUAAUUAUCUUGAUAUAUGUAGGUUCAUUGGUUUGCAACCGAUUGUUUGCUGUCCAGUGACGAAUUAUGAAGAGUUAAUUGAAAUACCAGAAACUAAAAAUGCUAGUCCAAUAUCGGCCGAUGAAAAAUGUUAUCAAUAUAAUAGAAUAAAUAAAAGUUCAAAAUUAAAGGAAGAAGGUGUAUUUUAUCCUGCAGCAGUAGGAGGUACAGAUGCAGAAAAACAAGAGUUUCCACACAUGGCGCUGUUAGGUUAUGGUACUUCCACGACAGUUGGAGACGAUUGGAGAUGCGGGGGUUCGCUGAUAAGCGAAAGGUGGAUAUUGACUGCAGCGCAUUGUCAAGAAAGUUCUGGGAAUAAAGCUCGUUGGGCUCGCCUUGGAGUUUUAGAAAGGGUCGUUAGUGAAGACAACGUAGUUCAGCUCAAUGACUAUCGAAUAGUGCAGCAUGUAAUACAUCCCGAAUAUAGAUCACCUUCGCUGUACAACGACAUAGCUCUAUUCCGUUUGGAAAGGGACGUCGUAAUUUCCGAAGAUGUGCGACCGAUUUGUCUUAACACGGAUACGGAUAUAUCUUCAACACCGUUAAAACAAAUAGCUACUGGUUGGGGGCGAAUUUCUACGGCUGGGCCAGUUAGCGACAAUUUGUUGAAAGUAGAUUUGGAUAUUUUUCCCACAAAUCAGUGCAAUGAAAGUUAUACUUCAAAUACUCGUCAAUUACAAUUCGGCAUAUUACCAGACAGGAUGAUAUGUGCAGGCUCAUUUGAUGGUGAAAAAGACACUUGCACGGGUGAUUCGGGAGGUCCACUUCAAGUAAGACACGCCGACUACCCUGAUAUGUAUAUACAAUACGGGAUUACUUCGUUCGGAAAAUUUUGUGCUGACAAGGAUACCCCCGGAAUUUAUACUAGAGUAGCCAAAUACAUUUCAUGGAUCGAAGAAAUAGCAUUUUGUGACGUAUGUCAGGCAGGCAGGGGCAAUUCUAAAAAUCAUGUCUGCAAACAACCAGAAAAUUGUUCGUCGUUAGAACAGCAAAUUCGAAGUCAGAAUUUUCCGCAGAUAUGUUCGUUUUCUAAAAACAAGCCAAUAGUCUGCUGUUCUCCAACAGUAGCAACCAACAUAUCAAAUUUCAAGCCGGCUUUAAGCACCACCAAUGCUACGUCAGCGUACUCUGCCACUGAAAUGUGUCGCCAGUACUCGGAGCUGGUGUACACAAACGUGCGACAACCCUCGUCUGGCGGGGGAAAGCCGUCGAAAACUCUUAACUGCUACAACGUGUUGACAUUGAUCGUCGGGGGCACGAAGGCCAUGCCGAAGGAAUUUCCGCACAUGGCACUUUUAGGUUACGGGAACAUCGCGGACGAGCAUAAAUUGUGGGGCUGCGGAGGUUCUUUGAUAAGCAACAAGUGGAUCCUGAGCGCGGCGCACUGCACCGUAAAUUCUGGACGUACGGUGAGCUGGGCACGCCUGGGCGAUUUGAACAUCUAUUCGGAGCCCGACGACGCCAGACCGGUCGACUACAAAAUCGUGGAGCACGUGGUGCACCCCAAAUACAAUUCGACUUACGUGUACAAUGACAUAGCGCUGUUCCGUUUAGAGGAGGAGGUCAAGUUUUCGGCGCACAUGCGACCCGUGUGCCUAAACACGGUCCAGAAGUUAAGCUUCAAGGUGGCCACGGCCACCGGCUGGGGUCGGACCUCGACCAAUGGUCCGAUCAGUCCCGACCUGUUAAAAGUGGACCUGUCUCCGAUAUCGAUUGACCAUUGUAAGUAUAGUUAUCCUCAGAGUACCAAUCCGAGAAUAAACUUCGGGAUAAUGGAAGACAGCAUGAUAUGCGCGGGCGACAUCAGAAACGGAAGCGACACGUGUACGGGCGAUUCUGGCGGCCCGCUGCAAGUAAAACACCCAAACUACGCGUGUAUGUCUAGUCAAAUCGGUAUAACGUCGUUCGGGAAAUAUUGCGGCAAUAGGGAUACACCCGGCGUCUACACCAGAGUGUCCAAUUACGUUCCAUGGAUCGAACGGAUCGUUUGGCCGAAAAGUUGAACGCCCGCAAAACCAGUCAGCAAUAAUUGUCGAUUUUUUUUGCAAAGACAGUGUCAUUAUUAUUUUUAUUUUAUUUAUUCUUCAAGAAGAUAAUGGGCCCCACUGGACAUAUUCGUGUGGGGGCCGGCCCGUGAGUUCACAAUUUGAAAAUAUGAAUACAUUAAAUAUAGUUCUUAUAAAUUAAAUAAUUACAAUUUGUAAUAUACAUUUAUCACAUACCUAACUAUAAUAUUAAUAAUAUAAGUAAAUAUAUAUUUUAAUUUAUUUAUAUAAUAUAAUAUUAUAACAUAGCAUUAUGUAAGAAAACUGUGUAGUUAAAUAAUGCAAUAUAAUAAUAUGGUAAUAUAAAACUAAAAUUAACAAUAAUUACUAAAGUCGUACAACUUAUAUGAUAAAUAAUGCAGUUAUCCUAUACGUUUGUUAUGAGUCGGUCUAUAUUGUGUCCUUGUAAUAGCCAAAGUGUAAUUUUUUUUUUUUUAAGAAUCUUUAAAGAGUUGCUGUGUUUAAUUUCUUAUGGUAGUAUAUUGUAAAUUUUUGGACCAAUAUAUAAGUAUGUGGAUUGUGUUAAUUUUUUGUGCAUAGUUGGUACUUUGAUAUUAGAUAUUUGUCUAGUAUUAUGUCCGUGUUCAGUUUUUAGUAUUUUGUUUUGUAUUUUUUUUAAUGGAUCUAUAGUUGUAUCAUACGUACCUCCCCAUAUGGAAAUACCAUAAUUAAUUAUGGAUUCUAUUAAUGCUUGAUACAUUACUCUAAUUGUCUUAAGUUCUAAGAUAUCUGUUAAAUUUUUAAAUGCAUACAUAAGUUUUCUUAAUUUAUUUGUUAAACAUUUUAUAUGGUCAUUCCAUUUAAGAUUUUGACACAUUUCUGGAGGACUCAUGAAGAAUCUUAGAU